ACAGCUCGUUGCCAGGCCUCCGAUGCCGCUCUUCAGCAAGUUCGUGGUCGCGCUCACGGUCGUGGGCCGCGCGGCGGCCUUCGGCCGCAUCGGCGCCCGCGCCGGCGCGCUGCGCGUGCGGUCCGGCGGCGACACGCGGCUCCACAGCGCCGUGGCUACCGCGGGCACGCCGACGAAGCUCGGUGACCCGCAGGAGUUCCUCGACAGCGUCGACGUCUUCAUCUUCGACUGCGACGGCGUCAUCUGGAAGGGCGACUCGCUCAUCGACCGCGUGCCCGCGGUGCUCAAGAAGCUCCGCGAGCUCGGCAAGCGCAUCUUCUUCGUGACCAACAACUCGACGAAGAGCCGCAAGGGCUACAAGAAGAAGUUCGAGGGCUUGGGCCUCGAGGUCGAGCCCGAGGAGAUCUUCUCGUCGUCCUUCGCGGCCGCCGCGUACCUCGAGCAGACCAAGUUCAAGGACACGGGCAAGAAGGUCUACAUCAUCGGCGAGGUCGGCAUCGAGGACGAGCUCGACCUCAUCGGCGUGCCCCACAUCGGCGCCGGCGCCGACAGCGCCAAGGCGCCGAACAUGAAGCCCGGCGGCAAGCUCGACGUCGACGAGGACAUCGGCGCCGUCGUCGUCGGCUUCGACCGCGAGGUCAACUACUACAAGAUCCAGACGGCGCAGCUCGCCAUCAACGAGCUCGGCGCCGAGUUCAUCGCGACGAACCUGGACGCGGUGACGCACCUCACGGACGCGCAGGAGUGGGCGGGCAACGGCGCGAUGGUCGGCGCGAUCAAGGGCUGCACGGGCCGCGAGCCGACGCUCGUCGGCAAGCCGUCGCCCCUCAUGAUCGACUACAUGGAGGAGAAGUUCGGCUUGGAUCGCGCACGCAUCUGCAUGGUCGGCGACCGCCUCGACACGGACAUCCUCUUCGGCAACGACAACGGCCUCAAGUCGUGCCUCACGCUCAGCGGCGUCACGACCGAGGAGAAGCUCCUCUCGCCCGAGAACAAGGUCAUCCCCGACUUCUACGUCGACUCCAUCGCCGACUACCUCUGA